AUGACAAGCAAGCAGUAUUUGAAGGGGGACUAUAAGGUAAUGUGAAUUCUGACUCCAGAAAGACAGCUUGAAUAAAACUAAAAAAUAAGGACUUAUUUUACCUCAUCAACAAAAUCAUUCCGAAAAAAAGACAAACAUUAUGUCUAGACAUAAUGUUUUUUAUGUCGGGGCAUGUUUAUAUGAUAACCCGUUGGGAGGUUUGUACCAGGUACGAACAGUAACCAAUCAGUAGUAAGGGCGGAGUUUGCUAUGUUAAAACCAGGAGAAAUUCCUUGAUUCGCCCUUCUAUCCCUCGCCAUUCGAACGUCAAGUGCUCAAGAAAUCUUUUCCCUCCACCACCCCUAUCACCUUCUAACGGGUUCUCAAUAUUUCUUUAAUUAUCCAAUUUAUCAUUAGCCUUAUCCAUUGUGUUUCGUGGUGGCGUUUUUUGUCGCCCCACGUUGACAUUAUCGGUUGAUAAGUUCAGAUAUUCCGCUCUUUGUUAUCACUUAGUUAUAAUUGAUUUAAUUAAAACUGCCACAGUUUGUGGCCAAAUUGUUCCAAAUCAUCUGUUGUGUUUAUUCUAGCAUUUUCUUCACGUUGGGACAUCUUUUUCGGGCAGAGCUCACGUAAAGGGACGUUUUUCUUCGAAACAUGCAUCGAUAUAAAAAUUUUUUUGUACUCUUUUUCUUCUCUAAAUGGUGCACAUAUAACUAGCUUACAUAAAUUCUUAAGAUUAACAAUGCGCGCAAGAGGAUAGUGGUCUUUUCUAAGGUUAAGGUUAAAAGUUAUUCGCCCCCUUACGUUAAUAAUAUUUGUUUGAUUAAAAAAUCAUUUGAUUCAUUAUUAUAUUAAAGUAAUCUCAACUUUGUUUUGUCAACAGGUUCAUGUUACUAGCCCCUCUAACGUAGUAGACCAUUGUGUGUUGUUUGCUCUUAGUGACAGGCAUCUCCUGGCACGUUUCUGUCGUCUACCGUCGUGUGAGCGGGGUACUCCAGUGGCAGUGCUUUCUGCACAUAGUGUAGUCGUGCAAUCAAGGCAGUGCUGCAGUGGUUAA